CCAAAGCCCGCCACCAACCACCGCAUCGCCGCCACCUGUUCCCCCUUUCUCUCUCUCUCUCCCUCUCAAAAAUUCAAAUCUCUCUGCUUUUUUCUUCACUUUUCCUCCUCCUAUUCACACUAUUCUUUUCCCGAUCUCACUUUACCCUUUUCCCCUCCUUGUAAUUCUCACUCUCCAUUCCCAACUCUCUGCUUUCAUGAUCAAAACAUGAAAUUCUCGUCAUCUUCAUCUUCUUCCGCCGCCGCCGCCGCAGGCGGCGGCGGCUGCAAUGCGGCUGCUUCCAAAAACGCAGAUCCGGGGUGUAUCGCCGGAAUGUUCCGCCGGCUUCUUUGCUCCAAUGCUCUUCCGACACACCCCGCGGAUCACGUGAGCUCUGUUUCCACGCACCCUUCAGAUCAUGCAGUUCAGAAGAAUCAGCGAAUAAAACUGGAAGAGGGAAAAAACUCAAAAAAGAUUGAAUCUUUAGCGAGUACAGGGGUGGUGGCUAGGUUGAUGGGGCUGGAAUCCAUGCCCAGAGUGGAGUUAAACCCUAAUAAAGCCAUUGCGAGAAGCCAGUCGAUGAACUCCAUGGAUUCUUUGAGGGAGUUGAAGUCCACGAAGGAGAAGAAUCUGCGAGCUUGCAGCUUUCGCGAAAUUCCCACCUACUUGGAGCUUGAAGAUGAGAAUUUCUUCAUUCUGAGCUUCGAGUAUGGCGGCAAACAGAGGAGAUCAGAGAACGAAAAGAAGACGAGGAAAACAGAGAAAGUGAAGAACGGAAGAAGGGAAAGUGUACACCAAAACAACAAAGAGAAUCAAGACAUAAACCAGGUUUCAGAUAAGAAUCUUAAUGCUUCUGAGAUAAUUACUGGUAGUCAUGGAAAGCUUCAAGAUUCCACCAACAUUCUUAGACCCACCAGAAAGGAUGCUAGCAAGAAGAAAGACGAAUACAAGCAAGAAAGAUUCAAAAAGAAGAAGAAGAAGGAUAGAAGAGAUGCAAAGAAAAUUGAAGCAGACUGUGAUUCAGAAAAAUCCAGCCCAAAUUCUGUCCUCGGAUUCCUCGAAUUCCCAGCCAUUCAAGACAUUCCCAGUUCAGAAAAGUUUUCAAAAUUGGCAAGUUCAAAAUCCAGGCGGACAUUGUCAGAAGAGCUUGAGAAUUACAGGAAGCUGAAACUGAUAAGCGAUGAUUUCCAGCCCAAAAGAAGCGAAAAAGUGAUGAAUUGGGGGUGCAGCAGAGAUGAGAAUGAUGUGAAACUGUGGGGAGAAAUCUGCAGAUUGGCUGAUGCAGAAACACUUCAAAACAAAUGGCACCAUGAAGAAAUAUGGAAACAAGAAAAAGUUUGCAGCCAAGAGAUUAUUGGUGGGAGUUUUGAGUUUCAAAUUCUUGAUGAGUUGAUAGGGGAGAUGGUGGAUCAACUUAUCAUUGAUUCCCAUAUAGAUUCACUUUGUAAUUUGACUUGAUACUCUUACUUCCUGUCCUUGUUUAAAUUUCAUAAGUGUACACAUUUGGUGAUAUAAAUUUUAUAGGAAAU